AUGACUAUGAAGAUGUUGAGAGCUUUAGUGGCCAUUCUAACAGAAAAUCAUUUUGUGAUACCCGAAGGGAAGAUAGUUAACGAUGCACUUUUGAUGCGUAUUGACAAGCCAUGGAAGCAACAUAGAUACACUUUGAAGAAGGAUUAUUUCGAUCCAGUGAACAGAACUCGAGAACAGAACUAUGCCAAACAACCUGAUGGAGUCUCCGAUAGGAGUUGGACGGAUUUGGUCGAUUAUUGGCUUUUACCAAAGACCCAGGAAAAAUGUGAAAUGGGAAAAAAUGCCCGAGCAUUACAAGGACAUAAGCACGACAGUGGUGCUACAAGCUUUGCUAAUCGAAGAGAAGAUUUGAAAAAGAAGGGAAAGUUUAGCGAAUUGGCGUUUUACAAAACAGUUUAUGCCAAAGAAGAUGGAAGCUUUAAAGAGGGCACACUCUCUCAUCAAUUUGUGUACGGUUCAUCUUUCAAAUGGAAGCAGGCAGGUGCUUUGGCUAUAUCUUAG